GCUAUAGCCUACUAGUUUAAUUUUUUCUAUAUAUUUUUCUUAUAUAUAUCAAUCAUCUCUUGCAAAUAAAUGACUGCAUGAUGUAACUGAUGCCACUUUAUAAAUCUUCCCUGUGCGGAAGUGAUUUGUCAUCUAUCGUGGAGCGUUAGGGUAGGCUAUUGUUAUGAGGCAACUUCUUAAAAAUUCUGAUAGACGAAGCUGGACUCAAAAGAGGUCGCUUAUUGUGCGCCACUCACUUCUUAAUGAAUUGUUCGGUAAGUUCAUCUUUGCGUCAGAGCAGUCCCCACAGCGCUUCCUGCUGAGCGCAGCGGCGAAUGGGCGUUCACUAGCCGUCCGUAUGACAUCAGCUCAGGUCAGUCCUCUAUAAAACCGGCUAUUCUCAAUGCUGGAGUCACUGAGAGCACAGCCGCUGCUAUCAAACACAGGACGUCUCGCAAACGGUCUAUUUCAACCGCUAUGUCUUCAUACGCGUCUUCAGACUCUCGUCGCGUCAGUCCCGCCGUGAACGGCGUCAAAUUCGACACGGCUCACCGCAAGAAAGCCUCGCCGAACAUCUUCGAGAACGUCAACCAGGACGUCCUGGUGAAACUCUUCGAGAAAGCCGGAGACCUGAAGGCGGCGGAGAGAGCCAGGAGCAUCCUCGCGCUGCACCAGGACCCCGAGGGCGUCUCCAGAGCACUCAUGGCUCUUCAGCAGGACAAGAAGGACACGUGUCUGCUCAUCACCGGACUGACGCGCCAGGCGCUCAAGUUUCGUUGAGGGAAGGUUUCGUUGGGAAGCUGUGCAGAGAGUCAUGUUGGUGUGCUGUGAGAACACAGAGAGAGGAGACUGAACUGAUCCAGUUGAAAAGUUGAGCUUGAAGACGCCGGAGCAUUGCUGCUUCUUAACACCUUGGAGAACACUUGAAAUAUGGACUGAUGCCAAAGGGUGAAAUUUGCUUAUGAAGAGGGUCGGGUUCUAUUGUCUGAAUUGCCAUGUUAAGGUCUGAAAAAAAAUAAAAAUAAAACCAAUUAAAUAAUUUA